AUGUCGCAGUUUUUAUUAGUAAAAAUAUUUUUGACAUUUUCCUUAAUCGGCGUUUAUGUCAAAGCUGAUGAAGGCUGUCGUGAAGACUGCGGUGAAAAUGCCUUCUGUAAUUCCUGUGGUAAUCAUUGUGAGCAAUUUUGCUCAGAUGAAAACCAAAAACCUUGUACAAGGGUACGUUUGAUUAUUCAUGAAAAUGUUUAUAAAUUA